AAUCACACGACGAACGCAAUAACAGCUUAAAUAUUCCAGUAGCUUUGGUAAUAUCAGAAUGAAUUGUUUGGUGUCAGUUUUCGUUGUGUCGUUGGUGCCAUUCAUUUUUGCAGAAGAAGUUUCACAGUACGACACAGUAUGUAACCGCGUACCUGGCAAGACCGUGGAAUAUCACUUGUUCACGGAUGAAAUGUUUUGGCUCGAAGCUCAGACCUACUGUGCAGACAAGCUUGGGGGAAUUCUGGCUAGAAUUCCAAACAAAGAAACAGACGAUCUUAUACGAAACCACAUAAUUUCCUCUGGCGCAGGCGAUGUCGUUCAAACGGGAUUUUGGAUUGGUUACAAUGACAUCCGUGCUGAAGGCGAAUAUGAGUGGGCUGGCGGUAAACUUCUGUGUCAAGAUUACGUGAACUGGGCGAACAAUGAACCAAAUAACAAUACUAAAAAGAGGCUAGAAGGACAGGACUGUGUACAAUUGAGGAAAGCUGUUAAUUUUCUGUGGGAUGACGAGUACUGCGACUACAGAAAGAAAGGGUUUAUAUGCGAGACAGCGGUCUGUGAUGCAUUCGACAAAUGCAAUAUCUGUUACAAGUAAAGAAUGAAUUAUUUCCCGUACUUCUAUUGGUGACAACGCACCACGUGACGAAUGGGUUUCCGUUGGUAGCAGUUUUUCUUCUUAGUUUGUCAUCGAUGAAUUCCACUGUUUGUAACGUCUAUUAUAUGCCACAUUUCCUAAAUAUCAGAAUAUCAGAAAUGCCAUAUUUUCUUUAUACCACAUAUCAUGGCAUCUAAAUAAACAAGCAAACUAGUCUCACUAUACAA